GCUACUAUAAGCGCAUACAUCGGAAUAUUUUUUAUUUCUUCUCUCGCUACUAAAAAUAUUUUUUUUUUUCUCCUCUUCUACCCUACGCGUUAUAUUAUACGUGUGAAUAUUUUUGUUGAUCAAUUAUAUUAUAUAUACAUAAAUUUUAUUAUUAUUGAAUAAAUGAUUUGAGUAGCUGUGUAUCAGAAGUACUUUGAAGAGAAUACGGUUAUAUUUCAAUUGCUUAAUAGUUCGGUUUUAUGAUUCAUCGGAUGAAGAUGAAUUUUCUCGUCAUUGCAUUAGUCUAAGCCGCAUUAACUAUUUUUUGUGAUUUAUUGAGAAAUUAAGUGAAUUCAAAAAAAAUUAAUAACUUCAAAAAAUUAAAAUCAUGGAAAAUUAUGAAAAUGUGUGAGACAAAAUAAAAUAGAAAAGAAAAAUCAAAAAAAAACGUAAAAAUUAAAAGUGAAUAAAAAGUUGAAAAAAAGGAAAUCAUAAAAAUUGAUGUCAACGUAGAAUCAUAUUAUGUUAAUCGGAUCUGCUAUAGGAAGUGAGUUACUAUCUUUACCAUCAUCAACUACUCCUUGGACGAUGGAUGCACCAUCUCGUUCGAAUCCAACCGGCGGAAUAGCUCCAAAUCCAUUACCAUUAUCACCAACCGUGGGAAUGACACCAAAUUUAAAUGUUAAUGUACCUGGUUCAUCGCCAACGACGCCCUCAACUGCAACAUUAUUUUCAGGAGCACCGAAUGCAAAUACACUUGGUGCUCUUGUGUCACAACACAGAUUACUCGAAUUAUCAAGAUUUGGAUUAAGAGGCUAUGACUUGGCUCAACACAUGCUGACACAGCAAGGAGCUGUUUCAAAACUGUUAGGAACACUUCGACCACCUGGUUUGAUUGGUGGAUCGAAACCAAAAGUUGCAACGCCGGCUGUUGUAUCAAAAAUUGAGCAGUACAAACGAGAGAAUCCAACAAUAUUUGCUUGGGAAAUUCGUGAAAGAUUAAUAUCUGAAGGUGUGUGUACAAAUGCUACGGCACCGUCAGUUUCUUCCAUUAACAGAAUAUUAAGAAAUAGAGCUGCUGAGAGGGCAGCUGCAGAAUUUGCACGAGCUGCAGGUUAUGGACUUUAUCCUCCACAUCCUUAUCCAGGUUUUCCAUGGCCAGCACCAACUCAUAUGUGGCCUGCACCAGGAAUGCAAAAUAUGACAUCACCAGGCUCAGCUUCCACACCAAGAACAUUAGGAUCACCAAAUUCAGGCUCACAUGAUACACUCGGGUCACCAGAUGGCAAUAGAUUAAUUGAUAUAGAGGGAGAGGAUUCAUCAAGUUUAGAUGGUGAUCAACCAAAAUUUAGAAGAAAUCGUACAACAUUUAGUCCCGAGCAACUCGAGGAAUUAGAAAAAGAAUUUGACAAAUCACAUUAUCCAUGUGUUAGCACACGAGAGAGGCUUGCAGCACGAACUUCCCUUAGCGAGGCGAGAGUUCAGGUUUGGUUUUCGAACAGGCGUGCGAAAUGGCGUCGUCACCAACGAAUGAACUUGCUGAAAAGAAAUUCAUCGCCGAAUCAGCGUCACACAAACACGAGCUCAGCUUCAAAUCAAAUCGGUUUCACCCCUGGCUCUCCGCAAAAUGUUCCACAAGUAACUCCAGCUGCAACAACACAAAGCCAAAUAUCACCACAACAACAACAUCAUUCAACAGGAACCACUCAAAAUCACCAGAGCAGUGUGACAACACAACAGGCGAUCGUGUCAUCAGCCACAGCAUCAAUUCCAUUAUUAAUGGGCGGUGAGCAUUCAGCUUUUCGAGCACUUAAUCCAUCAACUGCAGCACUUUUGGCAGCAUCUGCACAAUUAGGAUUAGCACGAUCGUAUCUUGCUGCCUCUGAACAUCACCAUCAUCUCAAUAAUAAUAAUAACAACAAUAAUAGCAGUAACAAUAACAAUGUUGCAUCUUCAACCUCAACCAAUCAAUCACCUCCAAUGAGUCCACAUCCAAGUGAGUCUGAUGAAGAAAUUAAUGUCCAUGACGACGAAUCGGACACAGAAAUAACUAAUAAUUCAUCAAAAAAUAAUUCUCAUAUAGGAUAUAAUAGCAAGACACCUCUCGAAUUGACAAAGCAUGAUCGUAAUUGAAGCCUAAUGGUUGCACAUAAAACGAGUUUUUAAUGAACUUACAUGUAUUUAUUAUAAUUGCCGUGCAGUUCAGACUUUGCAAGUUUUCUUUUCUUUGAAAAAAAAAAAUAUUUUUUCCUGCAACUAUAAAUGUCAUGUUGGGAAGCAUUUUAAGGUUUUGCCACAUAAACAUUUUAAAAUGUGAAGUAAAAAAAAGAAGGAAAAUUACAGAACUAAAGGAUUGAAAAUUUACUUUUGCAUAAGAAUUAUUCCCUUUUUUCUUUGAAGUACAAAAAUAAACACUUUGCAUAUUGUGAAGCCUAAAAAAUGCUUCAACUUUAAUACCUUCAUAUUUAUAAUUCUGUGAAUAAUAAAAGCGUCAAAGUGUGAAAAACUUGUAAUAUAAGCUCAUUGCGUGAGUUUCAAUUUUCCUUUCGAAAACUAAACUCGCUCACUCAUAAUUGUAUUAAUUGCAAGGGAAAUUAAUUUGAUUAGAAACUUUCAAUAUAAACCAUCGAGCUGUGGAGCAAUUUAUUUAAAACUAUGAGUGAAAAAAAUAAAGAAAAAUAUAAGCAUGUUUAAAAAAAAAUAUAUAAGUGCGAUGACAGGAAUUAACUUAAUAUGUGCAUAUGGAAAGACAUAUACCUAUAGUAGAUAUAUUUUUGAGUUAAUAUGCAUUUCUAAGAAUAAAGUAUAUUGUGAAGUGUAGAGAAAUAUAAACCUAUUAAAGAAAUUAGACUUUGAGAAAUAUUUUAUUUAAAUUGAUUUAAUGGAGUAUGUUCAUUUAGAGAAACAAGAGUGAAAACUGUUCAAAUUAAUCUUGCGUUUAAUAGCCUUUUGAUUGAGCAAUUAAGAUUUGAGGUGCAAUUUAUAAGAUAAAAACUGGGUAUCUUAGAAAAAUAUAGAAAUGAUCCUGAACUCUCGCAUUUUUCUUAAAUGCUAUGAGAAAUUUCAAAAUAUAAUCUUUUAGAACUACUUCUUUAGAGUUACAUUGUUUUUUCGUUAUAAUCUAGUAG